AUGCGGUUUCUCAAACGACGAGGAAAACCGUCGACUUCAAAGACCCACGGCACGGCGCCAAGUGUCUUUCUCAGGGUCCAUUUGAUCCAGGCUCGAGGAAUUGCCCCUAGAGACCGCGAAAAGAACACAAAGUGCGAACCGUACGCUGUUCUGUCAUGCGGUGACUUUCGAUUCACCACACACACGAUCCACAACUCGGUGGAUCCCGACUGGAACUGCUGGAUCGACAUUCCCGUGCGAUCCGGAGACGAGUCGCUCGAUCUGGUGGUCUGGGACCGCAUCAGAUUCAACAAGGACUACCUGGGAGAAGUCGCCAUUCCUCUCAAGGACAUGUUCCACAAGGGAGUCACCGAAAUAGAGACUCCCGUCCAGUGGUUCCCCCUUCAUUCCACCAGAUCAAAGGCUGCAGGCUAUGUCAGUGGAGAUGUGUCUCUACAGUUCUCCCUGGUGGACGAACAGGGCGAAACCAGCCCUCAGCUGUUUGAGCAGUGGCAGAGGUUUGUUGACACUGAGGAAUUGGAGUCAGACAUGCCUGCCAGUGAUGCAGGCGACGAUGCAGGCGGCGACAGUGACGUUGAAAUGUCGAAUCUCGCACACGAAAUGUUCCGAACCAACAUUCUCGAUCUGCCCGCUGAGAUGCGACUCAGUCUUGAUAUGAGUUCCGAGUCUCAAUCCGAGUCUGGAGCGGAAUCCGACAUUGAAUCGGAUCAAAACGGAGACGAGGACCGCAGCAACAACCCCGACGACUACGUUGGAGUUCCAGACGUCUCCCAGGCCACUCUUCGAAGAGGUGACGAGAACCAUGACGCUUUUGACGCCCAACAUCAGCACCACCAUCAGCAAUUUGCUCCUGGAACUGUUCGGAAGCAGCAACAGCUUGCGUUGGUAGGUCCGCCCGGCCUCAAUUCUCUUGCCACUGCAAAUAUGAUGGCACGAACUCCCCCAGUCAACAAUUCCGGUCCUUCCACCGGCACACAUACCCCUGACCAUCUUGAACUUCCGGCCAAGAAGUCCAAAUCCAAGUCUAAAAAGUCCAAGAAGAGAAAGGCGCAGCAUUACGAGCUCAACUGCAGCAACGCUGUUCUCGGAGUCAUCUUCCUGGAGAUUCUCAGCAUCACAGACCUGCCUCCCCUUCGGAACAUGACCCGAACCGGGUUUGAUGUUGAUCCGUUUGUCAUCAUCUCCUUUGGGCGAUCUACGUUUCGAACUCAGAGCAAACGACAUACACUCAAUCCCACAUACAACGAGCGGGUCAUUUUUCCGGUGCUCAAACACGAGCAGUCGUUCUCAAUCGGUUUCACAGUGAUGGACAAGGACAAGAUCAGCACGCAUGAUUUUGUGGCUGACGGCCGGUUUGAAAUCAGACCGCUGCUUGACCUCGCUCCCCGGCCUGAUCCCGCAAGCAUGCUGUACGACCUGGACCAUCGGUCUGCGCCUCCUGCACCUUUACGGAAGCGACGGUUCCGGCGAGCUCGAAAGGCCAGACACAACAACCUCACGGCUACGGAUUUCGACGACUUUAUGGUCUCGUCUUCGGAUCUUCCCGAACGGUCAGAUAUGAACGAGUACGACGAUGAAGAGGGGGAUAGUACUGGCUCGUCUGCGCCAUCCUCGGCAGAGAACAUGAGAGUGUUUGAGCUUCCUCUGCGGAUCAAAAACCAAAAGUACGCCGAAAAGCACAAUCCUGUUCUGACGGUGCGGGCUCGGUUCAUGCCCUAUGCGGCCCUUCGGCAACGGCUGUGGACGUCGUUGCUGCAGAAGUACGACGUCACGGGCAGUGGGACUAUCAAUAUUGUUGAUAUUACUCAAAUGCUGGACGAGCUGAACUCGACUUUGUCGUCCACGACUGUUGUUGGGUGGUGGAAGAAGUUUGGACGGUCCAUUGAUGAGGAUCUGACCAUUCCCGAGGCUGUCACGUGUCUCGAGCAGCAGAUUAUGAAAGAUUCGCUCAUGCAGGAGCAUCAUUUGAUGAAGCAGCGACGGGCGAGCUUGAAGGCUGAUGGAAUGGCAAGGCUGGCGCCAGGAGCUAAUGGCCCUGUUGGAGUUAGUUCAGGCAGUGUAGUCACGGGAAGCAUGGCUACUGGCAGUUCCUCUUCUGCAGGAACCUCUCCUGUGGCUGCUAGAACCAACAGCCAUGGUUCUGUUCUCACUGCGUCCAGUGCCGGCAGUUCGAUCCCCGGUCUCCCUCGAACGAACUCUUCUUCUGCCACUCGAGAGUCUUCUGCUGUUCCUUCUGAAGAGCACGUUGCGAACAGUAACGGUAGCCCCAGCAUUCCCGUUCCAUCUCUUGUCCGUUCUACCACCCAUUACCAGGAGCCGCUUUUGAUCACAGACGGUAGUGACAGCGAGGCCUCUCAGGGUCAUAGUCAACUGUACCAUGGAAACCCGUCUACUGACACUCUUGCCUCUCUUGCCAAUUCUGACGACGAUGAACCCGAACGAGUCAUUAGACUCGAAACCUGUCCCAUCUGCAAUCAGCCCCGGUUCAACAAACGCGCUGAAAUGGACAUUGUCACUCAUCUGGCCACCUGUGCCAACGAACAGUCCGUGCACAAGAUUCUUUCAAGCCGUUUCGUGUCCAAAUCUCAGGCCCACAAGAAAUGGUUCUCCAAGAUUGUCUCCAAGGUUACCCAUGGCAACUACCGGCUUGGAGCCAACUCGGCCAACAUUCUGGUCCAGGAUCGAGCCACAGGUCUGAUUGAGGAGGAGAAAAUGAGCAUCUACGUCCGUCUGGGUAUCCGGUUGCUCUACAAGGGUCUCUCUUCACGAGAAAUGGAGCGAAAGCGGGUCAGACGGCUGUUGCGAAGUCUCACCAACAAGCAAGGCCGUAAGUUUGAUUCUGCUUUGUCUGUCAAGAGUAUCAAGCCGUUCAUCCGGUUCCACAAUUUGGACCUAUCGGACGUGGCAGAUCCGCUGGAUUCGUUCAAGACGUUCAACCAGUUCUUUUACCGGAAACUCAAACCUGGGGCUCGUCCUCUUCAAAACGCCGAGGCUGGAGCCGUCUGCUGUGCUGCAGACAGUCGGGCUACUAUGUACAAGUCUGUUUCCAAAGCAACACAGAUUUGGAUCAAGGGUCGGGAGUUCACCAUCAAACGUCUUUUCGGAGAUGCGUACCCGAAUCUCGUGGACCGGUUCAACGACUGUAGCAUUGCCAUCUUCCGACUGGCUCCUCAGGACUAUCAUCGGUUUCAUUCUCCUGUAGAGGGUAUUGUUGGCAAGCCCAAGACGAUUGACGGAGAGUACUACACGGUGAAUCCCAUGGCUAUCCGAAGUGCGCUGGACGUGUUUGGCGAGAACGUACGGGUUCUGACGCCUAUUGAGACGGCUGACUUUGGCACGGUCAUGUUCAUUGCCGUGGGAGCCAUGAUGGUGGGCUCUACGGUGAUGACAGUGAAGGAAGGAGAGCAUGUGGAGCGUGGCCAGGAGCUGGGCUACUUUCAGUUUGGAGGUUCUACUUGUUUGGUACUGUUCCAGAAAGACUGUAUGGUUUUUGACGAUGAUUUGCUGUCCAACUCUGAGCAGGCCAUUGAGACUCUUGUCAGAGUUGGGCAGAGCCUCGGCCAUAAGAAGUAA